AUGGCUUGUCUUUAUCCAAUCGAUAUGCAAUUUUGCAGCUAUUCCGCAGGUGGUCCAGAGGUCCUAGUCAAGGUGGCUUCCUACGGGAGGAGACAUCUCCUGACGGAGGAGGUGCCGGGACUUUAUAUACGGAGACUUACUCUCGAGGACCCCAGGAGUGCGAGGGAACGUCCUGCUUCAAGGACGGAAGCUUCGACGCGACAUAUCUGCACUUCAAGGAGCGCCGCACCUACGGGACGGGGAACUUCCAGAUCGUGGCUGGAGAAGAUUCGCGACGAGAGACCAGCCUUCCUGACGAUCACGUCUUUGGAGCUUCCGGAAUGUCCCAUUCCGCUGAUCGAAUCUCAGCGAGCCCGAUAUCGCUCGCAGGAAUCCUCGGCCAAUUCCGAGGAAAAGGACGACAUUUUGGAGGAGCUUUUGGAAAAAGUUGCGCUGGCAAGUCGCGAGAGGGAGAAAGACACAGGACACGAUGAUGCGAAAAGAGGAAAGCGGAUUCGAAGGCGAGAUGGAGAAUCCUUCGAGUGCUCCAGAGAGCUGGAUGGACUCGAAGAGUGCACCCGCAACAUCCUUCAAGGGCCAGAUUACGGGAAAGCAUUGCAGCUGCUGGAAAGGCAAAAGGAUUGUAUUUGCUCGGAGGUCUCGGAGAACUUGCGAAUUAACAUUCGUCGUAAGGUCGAGGUCAGGAGGUCAUCAGAAACUUCCAGCCCGGAAGCGAACCACCCGACUCGCGUCCCGAAGAAGACCUUGCCGGAGCCCCGGGAUGAUCCCGAGGGAAAUUCAGGAAGUAAAUGCGCAUUUAUUAAGGAACUCACGCUGAACUGUAGCAGCGUGCAGCUAUCCUUCCGGAACUCUUUCUCCAAGAAACUCGAAAAUCUAAGCGACAGUGAUUCCAGUUACGAAUCAUCCGACAACGACAUCGAUUAAUUGUAAAAUACAUGCAGCUAUCCUAGAAUUUAGUAAUGGAUGUUGAAGGUUCCCAAAUAGUAGCCUCAAGUAUAUAAGACUUCGGAGCUUUUAUUAUAAUUCUUUACCUACUAUAUUUUCUAUACUUCUGG